CUCAAUGGAUCUCGUCGCACAAGUUCCGCUCAAAAGCUCUCUGGGAAUCACCUAGUAAAGUUUGGCUAACUUGUAUCUCGUAGUUCAUCAAUCUGGAUAUGCUUAACAAGCACAACUUUAUAGAGCACGACGGCAGUCUGUCCCGCCGCGACAUGUACUUCGACCCAUCCAACCGCUUUGACAAGGACACGUUCGACGCCUUCAUGAACUACUUCGGCGACGCGGCCCAAAUCAACGUUACCACCAUCUCAAACGCCCAAUCCAGACAUGCGCUGGAGAUGAGCCGGAUAAAUCCCAACUUCACGCUUCCGCAGUCCAAGAUCCUGGGGGCAACGGGCGAGUCCGCCUUCAUGCUCACAGUCUUUGGCUCUGCCGGAACUUCUGUGGCGGACAAAUCAUUCGUCGAUUUAUUUUUCCGUGAGUCCCAGCUUUCGAUUUCGGACAUCUUGAAUAUGAGCUGACUACCAAAGGCCACGAACGGCUCCCAGUCGAGCUUGGGUGGACUCCAGUCAACACCCCCAUCACUCUUUCGACAGUAAUCCAGAUUGCGAACGACAUUGCCUCGCAGACUCCUUCUGAUGUACCUUUGACCUAUGAACCAAAAGGCUAGCAGAAACGUCGGGACUUACAUUCAGCCAUAUCUAACGUGCUGGAGGCCUGCGAUCACCACACGUUUGCGUCUUGCCCUCCUCUACACCGUGCGUAGUUUUGCUCCGGAGAGGAGGAUGAAGCUUGGCUGUUAUCAACGUGUGGAAUCUAGUUGAUGAGCUUCAAGAUUGUCCGAUGCUCCACCUGGCGCUAUGGAAGAUUAGGUAAAGGAUAAAGAGAACAUGGACGAAAACACAAUCACAUUCUAUAUUCGAAUUGUUCGAAG